UUCUAAUUUCCUGACUCUUUAUAUAGGAUUAAAUUAAAGGAAGUUGUUAUCUAUUGGCAGACUGUAAUGUUGUAUGUAUAUAUACAUAUUUCUAAACCAAUCAUCGAUAAAUGAAUGGGCAAUGUAUUGAUUUAACCUACCCAAAGUUAAGCUCUGAUAAUAUCAUAGGCUUUUCUGAGUCACUCUGUUUGGAAUUCCUCUGAAAUUCACGUGUUAUAUGUGGACAUUGUAAGAACAGUUAGUGAAACAAAGUUUCUUUCAAACAAAAAAACAAACAAACUAAAAUUGGAUUAAUGCAUCAAUUGUUGAAUUCAUUCUAACUGAAAACAGAAUGAUAACAUACUUGAAAAGGCGCUUUUCUUCAGGAGAUCUACAGGGUGAAUUAGCUGACAAACGUAUGCAAGAAGGACUGCCUAGUUUUCUACGAUUUGGAUCGUCUACACAGCCUGGACAAAUGCCAUAUCAGCAAUACCAACAGCCUGGUUCAUCAAACAUUCAACCUGGGGGACAGGGUGGUGUACAAGGAUACUCGAAUCAACAACAAGAUUUUAGUUCUGCACGUCCUGUAAACUAUGAUAUGAAACAAGGUCCACCGACAGCGGGUAUGGCUGAUCAUAUGACUGGGGUAUACGGCGGUACAGGAACAGCAGCAGCAGCAAUAGGCGGAUCUAAUUAUUAUCAGGGACCUAUGGGUCGUGGACGUGGUGCAUAUCCAAGUGCUCCUACUUCACCAGCACGAUCUGUUGGACUUGGUGCUUCACUUAUGGGUCCAAUGGGUAGUUUAACCGGGCAGAUAUCGAAUACAAUUAUGCGUGGUAUUAAUACAGCUGCUUCAACUGCUCAAAAUAUAUCUGGGAAGAUAUCGUCUAAAGAACAUCAGAAAAUACUUCUAGUGAUAGAUGAUAGUCAAACAGACUGGUGUAAAUACUUCAGAGGAAAGAAAUUAAUGGGAGACUGGGAGAUAAAAGUGGAACAAGCUCAAUUCUCUGAGAUAACAAUGACAGCCUAUAGUGACAAUGGUUGUGUUGUCAGUAUAUAUCAUGAUCAAAUACGCUCAAAGCCUUUAAGAUCAUUCAAGCCUGACUUUGUCCUGAUACGCCAACAUUCAAGUGAUUCAAAUGAAGACUGGCAACCUAUACUUACUGGAUUGAUGUAUGGCGGAACACCGAGUAUGAAUACACUGCACGCAGUUUACAAUAUGAAGAAUCGACCAUGGCUUUUUGCUCAUCUACUCAUGCUCAGAAAUCGAUUGGGUAAAGAAAAUUUUCCUCUGAUAUCACAAACUUAUCAUACAAGUCAUAAAGAAAUGGUAAGUGCAAAAUUUGGCCUUUGA